AUGAAUCCAGCCGUCACCAACUUGGGACUCAUGUUAAUCAUGAUGCAGGUCCUGCGUCGUUUGGAUCUCGAGGAUCCAGAUAUCUUGUUCUACGUCCGUGUGGGCUAUGCUGCUUGUCAGUUGAUCUCGUUCGCUGUGUGUAUGUACGUCAAGUACCAAAUCAACAAGAAGAACGACUUGACCACCAUCAAGUACGUGGAGCCAGCCAACCCCAUGUCGGGCCAAUCCGAGGCCAAGGCUGUGGUGACCACCGUCAAGGAGUACGACUUGAAGCAGAUUGACUCUCAGAUCAAGAGUAUCUUCACUAGUUUGGCCAUGAUGGGCUUCAUGCACUUGUACAUGAAGUACACCAACCCAUUGGUGAUGCAGUCUGUGUCUUCCGUCAAGUCUGCAUUGGAGACCAACAUUGUAAAGAUUCACUUCUGGGGCCAACCUGCUGCUGGUGAGUUGAAGAGACCUUUCAAGGCUGCCCCUGGCUUUUUGCUGGCUUUCACUGGUGGUGCUGGCGAGGUCAAGACCGAUAAGGCUUCUGUGGAGGCUGCCGAGACUGCCGGUGCUGGUGGUAUUAAGGAGGACUAG